AUGCAGUCCCCGAAGUUGAAGCCUGCAAAGUCUCCAAAAAUCACUAGUACUCUAAAGCCCCUAAACUCUCCUCAGUCUAAUGGUGAUAUCAAAUCAGUUGCCUCUCCUAAAUCAGAUGGAGAACCGAAACCAGCAAAGAAACGAACAAAGCGGAUCAUUAGCGAUGAUGACGAAGACUAUGAGGAGCCGGAGAAAUAUGGGCAAGAGCUUUACAACAUCCCAUUAAUGGAGAGACUGGCAAAGCGUGUGAAGAAUAAAUCACAAUCUCAAGAUACACCAAGUCAGAGUACACACAUUCCAACUCUGGUAGAAGAUGUGGAAUCGCCACUUACACAACUGUCUCCGACCAGACAGAGAACGUCAUCUAGGGUUAAAUCACCUCUGAGAAUAACACAAAUGCUCAAGAAGAAAGAUUCCGGUGAUACUCCGUCAUCUGCAACAUCGAAUGAAUCGUUUAAACCAACAAGAGCCUCCAGAGCCAAAUCUAGUGACGAUGACGACGAUUACGUCAUGGAUGAUGACUAUGCUGACACAGAUGAUUAA